UUGAGAUCAAACGUUCAAAUAUAGAAAUACGUCAACUAGAAGAUAAACUGACUGAACAAAAUAGAACUAAUAAACAGCAGAAGAUAGAAUUACAGUCAUUACAAGCUCAAUACUAUAGUCGUAAUAAGGCAUUAGAAGAUGCUCAAUCUGAACUAUCUCUGUUGACAUCUAGAUUAUCUCUUGAUGAUACCAAUGUUAGAAAACAACAGAAAAUAGAUCGGAUGACAACUCAGGUUUCCAAUCAACAAGCAGAAAUGAAGAAAUUAAGUGAGAAAUGUGGUAUAUUAGGGGCUGAGAACUCUAGACUCAGUCAACAAUUAGAUAAUAUUACAAGACAACUUCAUAAUACACAACAACAGAAAGAUAUCAAGGGUAGUGAACUUCUACAAACUAGAAUUAAAUUUCUAGAAAGUGAAUUAGAAGAGAAAGAUAUUCAGGCUGAGAAAGCUAAUUCUCAUUAUAAAGAAACAGAAAGUAAAUUACAAGAGAUUAAACAAGAGUUAUACUUCUAUCAGGAACAUUCUUCCGAUCUGAAAUCACAGGUAGAUCAGAGUGAGAUGGGACAACAAGCUAUACAAUCUGAAUUGAUAGUUAAAGAUGGAGAUAUAGCUUCGUAUAAAACAGAGAUAAAACAUCUAGAGAUAUCUAAUAAACAAUUAGAAACUGAACUCAACCAUCAUAAAUGUAGAAUAGAGGAACUGAAUACUGAACUACGUAAUGUAACUAAUAUAAAAUCAUUAUUAGAGAAUCAACUUACUCAAGAGAAACAUUCCGUAGAGAAAGAGAAAUCAUUAAAUGAUAAGAAGAAAGAAGAAGUACAUGAAGCUAAACAAAGAGUAGAUGCUAUCAAACAUGAACAAACAUUUUUAUUAACUGCUUUACAAGAAGAGAGAGUAGAUAAACAACAAUUAACA